GGAAGAGGAAGCGCCAGGGAAAGUUGAAUACAGUGCAACGUACAGGGUCGGUUUUGUCUUGUUUAUAUACCAAUGGCUUCCCAGAAUGUAGAUCCAGCUGCGGCCAGCUCCGCGACUGCAAGGAAAGGACAAGAGUCCGGGACCUCGGCUGCUCGUGGCUCUGUGGGAAAGAGGUUACAGCAGGAGCUGAUGACCUUAAUGAUGUCUGGCAAUAAGGGCAUUUCUGCAUUUCCAGAAUCUGAUAACCUGUUUAAGUGGAUUGGAACAAUUGAUGGAGCAGUUGGCACUGUAUAUGAGAACCUGAGGUAUAAACUGUCCCUGGAAUUCCCUAGUGGAUACCCUUACAAUGCUCCCACUGUGAAAUUUGUCACCCCAUGCUUCCAUCCAAAUGUAGAUAGUCAUGGAAACAUCUGUCUUGACAUCCUGAAAGACAAAUGGUCCGCACUAUAUGAUGUCCGAACUAUUCUUUUGUCAUUACAGAGCCUGCUGGGAGAACCCAAUAAUGAAAGUCCCUUGAACCCACAUGCAGCAGAGUUGUGGAAGAAUCAGACCGCUUAUAAGAAACACCUCCAUGAGCAAUACCAGAAGCAAGUCAGAGAAAAAGAAAUCUGAUCUACCCCUCCAGUCCUAUUUGCAUGUUGUGCUGUACAUGUAUGCUGUAAUAUAUGCUUAACUUAAUACAAGUUUGUACAAAUAAAGCUGUUUUAUCGUU